GGUUUUAAAAAAAAUGCUUUAAAGCUGGUUACAAAUUACAGAUGCAAUUUAUGUGGUUAAAAAUGGCUCCAAUAUAAAAUAACCUAAGCGAAAAAAUUGAAAAAUAUCUACUUCGCCAGCUACAUUUUGAUUGUACAUUCCCAGUGACCCGGUAUCCCAACAUAAUAUUAUGAAUUUUGUAUUUUUUUUUUUUGUAAAUAUUUAGUAUGUUUUGAAUGAAUUUGUAUGACCAUUUUCUAAAUUCGUACGCUUUUAUUCCAUGUUUUUCGGAGGUUUGGACUUCAAAUCAUGAGUAAACAUGACCGCAAUCAGCUGAUCGAGUUUCGCUUCAAUAUUGUUCUAUGAUAAUAGGUACCUACUUCAAAUAAACUGAAAGGAUUUGGAUUAAAGUUUACAGAGUAUACACAACAAUUAAGAAAGAUGGAGAGGAUUCCAGAGCAAAUGGGUUAUUUGAUCAUGACGAUGGAUGGGGCUGUGAUUUCCUCCGGUGGUGAUUUAGAGAAUAAUGAAAAAAUUGCAGACAUCAUAUCAAAAACAAUAAGCACAAGUAAAAGCUUAUAUGUGCCCGACGAACAAUUCCAGAAUAUGUCAAUUUUGUUUCAACAUUAUCAUUAUUCUGUUUGUGUGUCAAAUAAGAAAAUCCAUGUUUCCAAAAUUAGACAUGAUCCCAACACAUUAGAAAACGAUGAAGUCAGAGUGGUUACCGAAAGUUCUUGAUUGGAAAAAACUAGUAUUUUUUUUUUUAUAUUCUAAAGUACAAGAUACAAAUAUUUAGGCUAUGUAAAUAUUACUAUUAUAUAAGUACUAAAUACCAUUUGAUAUACAAUGUUAAUGAUUUUUCAAAUGUAUUAAACGUAUUAUGAUAUUUAUACUUUUGUUCACAUUACUAUUAAAACAGUUUAUGUUAAAUCAUUAAAGAUGCACCUAAGCCGUAAAUUGUUAUUAAAAUAUCUUCAUUUAAGAUAAAUAAAACUUGGUUACAACCUACAUUCCACUAACCAAA